GGAAAUUGAACCUUGCUCCUUUAAUAUUACAAUCAGAGGGAUCGGUAAUGUAAUCAGUUAUUCAGUCCAUGAUUAGUAACUUAAGGUAAUCAAGUAGUGGUUGUCAAACGUGGGGAUUAUAAGUUUUACCCAUCUACAAACAUCCUUUCACUGAAAUAGAAGAUUCUAUAUUUCGAUUUGUGUUUUCAUCUGACUAGUCCCUAAUGCUUAUGUUUAUGUUCUUCUUGAUGGGUCUUUUAUAUUUUCCCAAUAGAACUAAUAAACUAUGGCACGUCAUUACUUGUUCCCUGCUGUAAAAUUACUCAAGAAAAAAUGUCUUCCAUCCCUCAGUGGGAUGAAAAGUCAGAAUUUUUCCAGUAUGAUAAUCGACGCAACAGAAGACGCUAACUUCAAACGUUUCGCCCAGCAUUGGUGGGACUAUGAUGGAGAUUUACAGCCAUUACAUACUAUGAAUCGUCUACGUGUACCAUUUAUUCAAAAUGGUCUUUGUCCUAUAACUUCAUUAUCUACAAUGGAUUCAGUCUAUUUACCUUUGAAAGGUAAAAAGAUUUUAGAUGUUGGUUGUGGUGGAGGUAUCCUAGCGGAAGCACUAUCUAUGUUGGGAGCAGAAGUUUUGGGCAUAGACCUAAUAGAAGAAGGUAUAAAAAUCGCACAAGAACAUGUUGAAGCUACAUCUUAUCGCUGGGCUGAUCAUCCAGAUUUACAUAAACCUACAUAUAAACUUACUAGUAUACAAUCAAUUACUCAAGAAUAUCCAUGUCAAUUCGAUGCAGUUGUUGCGUCUGAAGUAUUCGAACACGUUACUGAUUGGGAGGAUAUGUUAAACAAUUUAAAACAGUGCUUGAAAUUAGACGGAAUGUUAUUUGUAACCACAAUAAAUCAUACUGCCGCUUCAUUACUACUAGGAAUUGGUGUAGCUGAAUAUGUAGCUCGUAUUGUUCCACGUGGUACUCAUGAUUGGAAUAAAUUCAUUGAACCUAGUCGACUACAGAUUGCUUGCAUCAAGCGUGGUUUUCAACCGCGUCAACUCAGUGGAAUGUUAUAUAACCCAUUAAGUCGUCGAUGGUGUUGGAGUAGUAAUUUAUCACUAAAUUAUGCAUUCAGUGCUAUGAAAAUCGAUGAAUAA